GUUUGGCUCGAUAACUUGAAUCAAGUAGCCCUUUACCAGUUUUCCACGGAGCCGGACCGUUGCACCGGAUCCGAUGGAAUCGGAUCCGUUUUGAUCAUCACAGCCGCCCAUAGCCUCGGAAUCGCAUGGAAAUUGCCAAAUACGUUUACAGUCCCGAUCCCCCCCAUGGGUCGGCUUCACUUGAUGGCAACUUUCGGUCUCCAAGAU